AGUGCUUCAGAUAUGGUUUUAGCAGAUGAUAACUUUGCCACUGUUGUUGCUGCGGUUGCUGAAGGAAGGGCUAUAUACAACAAUACGAAACAAUUUAUUAGAUACAUGAUAUCUUCAAAUAUUGGUGAAGUGGUCUGUAUUUUUGUGGCAGCUAUGCUUGGGAUUCCUGAUACUCUUGUCCCUGUCCAACUGCUAUGGGUAAAUCUAGUCACUGAUGGAUUGCCUGCCACUGCUAUUGGGUUUAAUAAACAAGACUCAGAUGUUAUGAAGUCCAAACCUCGGAAGGUCAAUGAAGCAGUAGUUUCCGGGUGGCUGUUUUUUCGUUAUCUAGUUAUUGGAGCAUAUGUUGGACUUGCCACUGUUGCGGGAUUCAUAUGGUGGUUUGUUUAUUAUGAUAAUGGACCCAAACUCCCAUACAAUGAAUUGAUGAAUUUUGACAGUUGUUCAACCAGGGAAGCAAAUUAUCCAUGUAGUAUAUUCAGUAAUCGCCACCCAUCUACUGUUUCAAUGACGGUGCUUGUUGUUGUUGAGAUGUUCAAUGCAUUGAAUAAUCUCAGUGAAAAUCAAUCCUUACUUGUCAUCCCUCCAUGGAGUAAUUUAUGGCUUGUUGGUUCAAUUAUCUUCACCAUGAUCCUUCACAUCCUCAUUCUUUAUGUGCAACCAUUAUCCGCUCUAUUCUCUGUGACACCGUUAAGCUGGGCAGAGUGGACAGCUGUGCUAUAUCUUUCAUUUCCUGUGAUAAUAAUUGAUGAAAUACUGAAGUUCUUCUCUCGGAAUUCAGGUAUAAGGUUCACUUUCAGAUUCAGACGUGCUGACUUACUUCCAAAAAGAGAAGUACGCGACAAGUAAGCUGAAUGCUGCUUAGACAUUGCAUAGACUGUACAAUGGGAGUAUGGAUAUUAUACAACUGAGACCCCAAUACACCUCAUUCUAUAUUCAUGUGAGCAUAUUGGAAGUAAGUGACUAAAUGUAGCUCAAGCAUCACAUGUCAUUAGGUUGCAGCUGAAAGAUCAGAUACGCCCUCAUAUCCUUAGACUUCCUGUUGGAAAAAUUUUUGUUUCACGAUCUAUAGAGGGAGUUAGUGUUGUCAUAGCAGAAAAGUGAUUGCAACUUUUGCUAAUUAAUAAUCUUUCAUGGUCAACUGCUGUUAGAGUUAGUUGAACCAAUAAGUUUGUUGAUUUUCAAUCGAACUUUUCACUGCUAUACCUCAAUUCUUUUGCAGUCGUAUACAUCUUUCUUCUGAAUU